AUGAAGCCGACCUUUCACGAGAUCGAUCCCGAUGGGGAUACACUUCUCAUCCUCCACAAUGCAAACGCACCAUUUGCAGAGCUUCCAUCCAUUUCAACCCCGCAAGAGGAACCGAUUGAACCGGCCUCCACUCCAAAAGAUGAUGCGGCGGACAAGUCGCAGGAACAGGAUGAAAGCGAAUCGACAGUCCGAAUGCGGCUGUCGUCAAAACAUCUCAUACUAGCCUCUACAUAUUUCAAGAAGAUGGCCGGCAAUAACUGGAAAGAAACAACCCCUGAAGCCGGCUAUUCGUAUGUAAUAAACGCCCAAGACUGGGACGAGAACGCCCUGCUUAUAGUGAUGAGAAUCAUCCAUGGGCGGACCGCAAAGGUGCCUCGACAGCUAAAGCUCGAAACGCUGGCAAAAAUAGCUGUGCUGGUUGAUUAUUACCAAUGCCACGAGAUAGUUGGCUUCUUUGCCCAGACGUGGCUCACUGAAUCAUCAUUAAGACAGGUUCAAGACGAAGGAAAAAGAAAUCUUAUGCUCAGACUCGUCGUGAGCAUGGUGUUCCCGGAGAAUGAAGAGCUCCCCUUUUGGAUAUUAUCGGAGAAAAUUAUCCAGAAGAGCACAGGGCCCAUUGAUGCAUUAGGCCUGCCAAUAAGACAAGACGUUAUAGAUGCCCUCAAUGAGAGACGGGAGAAGGCUAUUCUUGGCGUCUUGCAUGGAUUCCGUAUCUUGAAGACGCGCCUCCGUGAUGAUGAAACAUCAUGCUCAUUCGAGUGCUCCUCAAUAUACCUGGGUGCUCUGCACAAAGCCACGAAGAAGAUGAAGCUUACCAACCCACGCCCAAGCCCGCCAUAUCGUGGAAUCAGCCUGUUUAUGCUGGAAGAAGCCAUCCGUGGCCUCAGGGAGCCAACAGAGCUUCCGAAACCCGCCUCGACGCCCUCAAUUCUGCCAGCCUGUAAUCUUGCUGCGAAAACCAAGCCAAUCAUUGAUGAGCUACUUGCUGGGAUACAUGGGCUACAGUUGGGGGACUUUGUUAAAUUAGAGUUAAAUAAUACAUAG